CGGGACGAGCAAUGGCGGUGUCCGUGCGGACCCACGUGGGGGCUGCGGCCUGAGCGGCUCUGCGGGGCCGGGCGCCGCGGGCGGCCGCCCAUGCGGAGCGGCGGAGGCGCGGGUGGGUGCCGGGGCGGUCAGGAUGGCGCUGGUGCCCCUGCGGCCCGGACGAGCCGCCAGCCGCCUCCUGCCGCUGCUGUGCGGGGGGGCCAGGAGCAAAGGAGCCUCGCUGAGCCCCGGGGCGCCGGGCCGCCUCGGCCAGCGGCGCUACAAGAAGGGCGUGCUGCCCUCCCCCGACGGGCCCGCGCCCUCCGUCUCCAUCACCGAGAUCCGCCAGUACCUGCGGGCGCAGGACAUCCCCUUCCACGAUGGGUACAGCUGCCUGCACACCCCCAGCCUCUUCACCGCCGACCGCGGGGACCAGCCGCUGUCCGCCAAUGCCCCAUUCACGCUUUUCAUUGACAAGACCACGGGCAGCUUCCUGUGCACGGCCACCCUGGCCGAGGGCACCUGGCAGGACUUCCAGGCUAACGUGGAAAUGCGGCACCAUGGCGUUACCCCCAUUCCCCCUGCCAGCUCGGAGGAGACGGAGGAGGAAAUGCGACAGGCUCGCGAGGAUGCCCGCUGCAUCUGGGAACGGGCUCUGCCGCUCUGGGAGCUGCUGGAUGAGAAGGAGACCAAGGAGACGAAGGCUUUGUUUGGUAUCUCCCAGGUGACAGAUGCCACUUUGAAACGCUUCGGUGUCCGUUAUCUGAGGACUGCCAGGUCUCUCGUCUUCCCCUGGUUCAGUCCUCAAGAUGCGACCCUGAAGGGCCUGAAGCUCCUGAGGGUGGAGAAAAAAGGGGGCACAAAAACUUACGUGGAAGAGACUUUACCCCGCUUCGAUUCCUAUCGCAAUCUUUUUGGGCUGCCCCUGAUUGGCCGCCGAGACACAGAGCUAGUCUUAACUGGGUGGGAGCUGGAUGCCCUGGCCCUGCACCAAGCUGCAGGAGUGGCCAGCCUGGCCCUGCCACGGGGGGCCAGCUGCCUGCCUCCCACCCUUCUUCCCUACCUGGAGCAGUUCAAGCGCAUCACGCUGUGGCUCGGCGAGGACUUGCGCUCCUGGGAAGCUGCCAAGCUCUUUGCUCGCAAGCUGAGCCUCAAGCGCUGCUCUCUGGUGCGCCCUGGCAACCUGCAGCCCCGGCCCUUGGAGGCUCUGAACCAGGGGCUGAACGUCACCAAAAUCCUGCGUUCUGCCCUGCUUGCCAGCCACAAAUCCAUCAUCUCCUUCCGGCAGCUGCGCGAGGAGGUGUUCGGGGAGCUGGUGAACACCGAGCAGGUGUCUGGCGUCAAGUGGGCACGUUUCCCCGAGCUCAACAAGCUCCUCAAAGGGCACCGCAGAGGGGAGCUCACCAUCUUCACAGGCCCAACGGGCAGUGGGAAGACCACGUUUAUCAGCGAGUAUGCACUAGACCUGUGCAUGCAGGGCGUGUGCACACUGUGGGGCAGCUUUGAGAUCAACAACGUCCGUCUGGCCAAAAUCAUGCUGACGCAGUUCGCUGGCCGGCGCCUGGAGGACCAGCUAGAGCUGUACGAUGAGUGGGCUGAUCGCUUCGAGGAGCUCCCGCUCUACUUCAUGACCUUCCAUGGCCAGCAGAACAUCAAGACAGUGAUUGACACCAUGCAGCAUGCAGUCUACAUGUACGACAUCACCCACGUGGUCGUUGACAAUCUCCAGUUCAUGAUGGGACACGAGCACCUCUCUGUGGACAGGCUCGCUGCCCAGGACUUCAUCGUUGGUGCCUUCCGCAAGUUUGCCACGGACAACACGUGCCACAUCACCCUGAUCAUCCAUCCUCGCAAGGAGGAUGAUGAGAAGGAGCUGCAGACAGCCUCCAUCUUUGGCUCUGCCAAGGCCAGCCAGGAGGCCGACAACGUCCUCAUCCUGCAAGACCGUAAGCUGGUGACAGGGCCAGGGAAGCGCUACCUGCAGGUGUCCAAGAAUCGCUUUGAUGGGGACGUGGGUAUCUUCCCGCUGGAGUUCAGCAAGGCCUCGCUCUCCUUCUCAUCUUCCAAAAGCAAGGUCAGGCUGAAGAAGAUGAAGGAGGAGAAGGAGAUUUUAGCCAACAAAAUCGUGGAGGGAGGCUCAGGAGCCUCCAAGAAGCCAUGAGCCCAGCAGGUCUCUUCCUCAGUUCGUCUGAAGGAACAGAUCCUAGUUCUGGCAGCCCAAGGCUGGAAUAUGCCAGCUUCUCUUCCCUGGGAGCCUCUGCCAUGGGGCUCUGUGGCCCUUUCUCCUGCAUGAACAAACCUCUUGACCACCAGCACAGUGUCUCUGAGAUGGGAGACCACCGUAAGAGGAGGAGUGGUCCCAUCCUAGCGAAGAGUGGAUGGGGAGGGUGCUUCAACAAGCACUGGCUGCUCCGCAUUGGUGCUGAGUGCUGGGAGCAUGGUGGGAGUGGAGAGAGAGUAACCUGGAUGAUGGUGAGGAUAAUCUGCAGGUCCAGGACUUGGGUAUCUCUGGACCUGGGACAAGUUGUUAAAUUAUGUCUAAAAUGGAGCUGAAAUCCUGAGCUGUCACUAAGUGGGAGGGAUUGUGGGGGGCAGCUAUGCAGAGGGACACGUAGUAGAAAUCUCCCUGUCACAAAUGGGGUCUGUGGGCUCAGUCCUGCAUGGGAUGGAGCCAGCAAGGGAAAGAUGGUGAAGGAAAGUGUGGGAGACUGUGGGUGGCUCAUGCUCCAGGGUGGGAGCAGGUGUAACAUGGAACUUGCUGUUUCUACCCACUGGGCUGGUGCCUGACCUGGCCCCCUUUGCUCAGGGUCUCCCAAGCCCCUUUCUCUGGGAGGGCAUCACCAGCAAUAAUAAAACCAUGUGGGGAACAGUCCUGCCUUGCUCUGCUGGGUUUGGGGGGGCUGCCAGCCCCCCUGUCCUCAGGGCUGCGGGCAGCAAACACUGUGACCUGACUAGUCCUUGCCGUGGUAGGGAGUGUCCAUGGCUGGAUCUUGGUCUAAUCCCUUUGAUUUUUUUUCCUCUUUCUAGUUUUAUUAAAGCAUAAAUAUGAGUGC